GCUCAAGCGAUACCAGUCCAGAUAGAUUAUCACCGAAGUCCACCCUUCCUUAUCAACCACGCAUCGUCGCCCUCACUCGACAUCGCCGCAAUGUCGGCAGCAUCAUCCUCCUCUUCUCCACCGCCCUCGUCCCUCAUCCUCGCACAUAGACCCCAGUCGCGCUCCCUACUCAUCCUCGGGUCCUCCAAGCUCGCCGCUUCUCGAGCUCGCACAGCCCUCGAGUCUGGCGCAAUACCCAUCGUAGUCGGCGGCCUCUCAGCUAUUCCACCUUGCGACGAAGUGAAACGCCUCAUCGCAGAGCGAAAAGUGAGAUGGCAAGACAUUAGCAGCCAUGACGACGUAGACAUCCUCCGAGGCCAUGCGGGAUCCAGGUCAGACAUAGAGGCCAGGUGGGGCGCACUCAUCGAUGACCUCGAUGGUAGUGACAGGAGCAUCUUCGCAGCUUGCGUCACAGACACCCUUCACGAUGGUGACGAUGACGCAGAGCAUGCUCAUCAUCAAGGCGGCUCAGCAGACACUUCUUCCUCGGUGGAUCGAGCAGCCCUGCUUGCCCACGUAUGCCGAAGGCGGAGGAUCCCCAUCAAUGUCACAGACAAGCCACUGCUAUGCGACUUCAGCUUCCCUGCCACUCACAGAUUUCCAGCAUCUUCCUCACCUCUACUCCCUCACGCCGACGGAUCAAAAGCACCGUCUUCGAUGUCUUCGCUGCAGAUAGCAGUCACCACCAAUGGCAGAGGAUGCCGCCUAGCCGGAAGAAUUAGGAGAGAGAUCGUCAGUGCCCUUCCUCGCAACGUCGGCGAUGCAGUGGAGAGAGUGGGCGAGAUGAGAGACUUGGCCAAAGGCGGAGAGGGAGCUUCACAAGGAGAGGGAAUGGCUCAGACUACUGGCUUCUUCGAGGAAGCGGCGAAGCUGGCUGCUGCAAAAUCAUUGGCACAAACACCCGAUUCUGCUCCUCACAAGACUAGCGUCAACAGCAGCGCUCAGUCUUCGCGGAGAGGUAGUACAAAAGGCACAGCAGAGUUGCAAGAGGACGAUCUCAACUUUGAUACCACGCCACUCAAUUCUCCUGUGCCUCAAUUGAGUACGCCUGCUUCGCGAAGUGGUCUCCCCACACACUCAAGACAACACAGUCACACCAACCUCACCUCCGCGCUUAGGACCACGCAGAUGAAGACUGCUGCUGUGGACAUUGAAGCUGCGAUCAGAGCGGACAAAGAGGAGGCUGCAGAGAAGACGAAGCGAAGGAUGAGGUGGGUCGCUCAGAUCAGUGAAUACUGGCCAAUGGAAUAUCUGGGCGGCAUGGGACCAGAGCAAAUGCGAGAAGCCCUCAGAUCUUUCGGUGAAGAAGAGGAGGCGGCUGGUCUCUCAAAGUCAUCUUCGAAGCUGGCAACAGCGGGCGAGGUAGCUGUCUCGCCGACGUCACCAGAGGCAGCACCUACGAACGGUGCAACAUCUAGCAGCGCACGGCAUGAUGAAGAGACCUCGUCGCGAGGCCGUUCUCGGGCUGCCCCCUUCGCUACCUCGAAUGAAGAUGACUCAGGCCCCCUCACGUCGACUCGCCCUCGAGCUCGCUCACAACAUUCCCUCGCCAUCGUUCCUCCGCCUCCGCCUCGCUCGGUUGCCCAAGGUCACAUCUAUCUCGUUGGCUCGGGUCCUGGUCAUCCCGGCUUGUUGACACUCCUCGGCCACCGACUGCUCACCUCACCGUCAACUCACCUCGUCCUCUCCGACAAAUUGGUCCCUGCGCCCAUCCUUCGUCUCAUCCCUGCGACCACGCCGCUGAUCAUCGCCAAGAAGUUCCCUGGCAAUGCAGAAGGCGCGCAGUCCGAGCUCAUCUCUUUGGCUCUCAAAGCUGCUCUCGAGGAGGGCAAGAAUGUGGUCCGACUCAAACAAGGUGAUCCCUUCGUCUAUGGUCGUGGAGGAGAAGAAGUGCUGGCCUUCAGAGAAAAGGGUGUGGAGUGCACCGUCGUACCUGGCAUCUCUUCGGCGAUCGCAGCGCCCCUCAUGGUUGGCUUGCCGGUGACACAACGGGGCAGUGCAGAUUCGCUCGUGCUAUGCACCGGCGUCGGACGAGGCGGCAAGAAGGUAAAGCUGCCGGGGUACGACAGAGGCAGAAGUCUCAUUGUCCUCAUGGGCGUCGCUCGUCUAGGUGCUGUCGUUGACAUCCUCACAAAGGGCUACGGGCUCCCUGCUGGCGAACAACCUCAGUCAAAGGAGGAGGAUCAGGACCGUACCGGCCCUCCCUUCCCACCUCACACACCCAUCGCCAUCAUCGAGCGGGCGUCUUCGUCAGAUCAGCGACUGCUGGCCUCUACGCUUUCUGGCAUCCUCUCCGCCCUCGAGUCCUCUGGUGAGCAGCGCCCACCAGGCAUGAUCCUCAUCGGCUGGGCUGUGCUCGCUCUUGAAGGCAAGGGCAACGUGGAUGUCCUCGACGACGAACACGAGUGUCUCACAGAGAUCGGCGGGGAAGAAGGUCAGAAAGAGCUGAAGAGGAGAGAUGAAGAGAGGGUCAAGAGGUGGCUGAAUGGAAGGGAGUACGUCGUCAGGGAGGGCCUCGACGCGGUCUAUGCCAAGGCGCUGGCGGAUCUUGCAGGAAACGUCGGCGAGGAUGACAAGAAUGGUGACGCCGGGGCAGGGCAGGCGCUACCGCCGACUGGCAAUGGGGAGAGGACAGCGGAGCCCACCAAUGGCAGCGCUACGGACGCCGCAGCUGGACCGCUUCGAGCUGUAGAUGGUCAUGCGACUGCUGCUGCCGUCGAGGUGGACCAUUCGCUCUCCUCUCGAUCGUCGACUGGCUGGGCGCAGGGUCGCUACACUGGCACUGGCAAGCCGGAAGGCGGCUGGAGCCAAGGUGAGAAGCGUUUCAUCGAGACCGACGGCGGGGUCAGAUAGCCGAUGCCGAUUGUCUGCGGGGCUCCGGGAGUGCCGGUCGUGGUGUGAACUUUAGCCACUCAUCCUGAGAAAUGCCAUGUCGCCGUACUGACCCAGGCUACCUAAUUAGGCUAAGCGAUACAAGCUGAGCAAAGAGGUGAUUCCGCUGAGCUGACCAAGCAAGGCAGGGGUUAGCGCUUAUCAUCAGUCUCGGCAUGCCUGAUUGGGUAGUAUAGAUUAUGAUCUACUCCCUGCGGAGCGCAAAGGGAAAGCGGAAAGGAGCAUGCUCUACGCUGUUGCAUAGUACCUAUCUCAGCAUUUAAAGUAAUUUCUUGGCCUCGACGUGUUCGGCACGAGGCACCGG